UAUAAAUUGAAAGCACCCAUCUUAGAUAGGCAAACACUCAAACAGAAGCAAUUUACAAGGCACAAGGUUACAUACACGGAUUAGCUUACAUUCACAAUUUGCUUCAAGAAUGAGCAACAGCACCACCAUGGAUGCAAAGAAGUCUAACAAGAUCAGGGAGAUUGUGAGGCUUCAACAGAUUCUCAAAAAGUGGAGAAAGAUCGCUAACUCGUCAAAAGCGAGCUCCAAUACCAUCAGCAGCAGCAACAAGAGCAUCAAGUUUCUGAAAAGAACACUUUCUCUAUCAGAUAAAACAGGCAGUACCUGUGAAGCUUCUAACAAUGCUCAUGUCCCCAAAGGCUACCUUGCUGUUUGUGUUGGAGAAGAGCUCAAGAGAUUCGUCAUUCCAACAGAUUAUCUUGGCCGUCCUGCUUUUCAGUUUCUGCUGAGAGAAGCUGAGGAGGAGUUCGGGUUUCAACAGACCGGCGUUCUGAGGAUUCCAUGUGAGGUUUCUGUGUUCGAAGAGCUUCUGAAGAUGGUGGAGGAAGAUAGGGAUAGAUUCUUCAUGCAAGGAUGCUAUUCAGAAAGCCAGCUCAACUUUUACCACCCAGAAAGCCCAAUGUGCAGAUAAUAGUUUGAAUUUUUCUUUUCGGUACUACUCAUUUAGAUCUCUUCUUCAGAUGAGAAGGAGAAGUAUUUUUACGUUGAGUAUGUAAUGUGUAUAUCAAUCUGAUGCAUUUUAUCAGGCAUCCAAUCCAAUAUCUUAAUCUGUGGAAACUAAAUUUCUAUUCCAACAUCUUAUAGUCAAUCAACAAACAAGCAUUUUCAUC